AUGGGGGGGGCAUGGGGCGUUCGUUAUGGGGGUUCAGAUGGGGGGGCUCGGACCCUCCCGCCCACACCCCCCCCCCCCCCCCACCCCAAGGCCCCCCCCCCGAGGCUGCUGCGGUCUCUGAGUCCUGCUGCCCCCCCCCGGCACCUCCAUAACCGAGUCCGGGAGCACCAGAAACUGUUCCAGGAGGACAAUGGGCUCCCCGUGUAUCUCAAGGGGGGGGCCAUGGACUCGGCCCUUUUCCGCCUGACCUCCCUCAUCUGUACCGGGGGUACCUGUUACUCGCUGUGGUGCCUGGGUCAGGCCUCAAGAGCCAAGAAGCCCUGACCCCCCCAUGG